CAAAACGCAAUACGUAUUCUUUCAAGUUCACCAUGAGGGCAAACACAAGAUUUUGCAAGCAGCUGCUUGCUCAACGCCGGACUUUCUCGUCCACCGCGCGCCGAUUGGAUAACUAUGCCUUUAUUGGCCUAGGCCAGAUGGGCUAUCAGAUGGCUAGAAACCUACAAUCCAAGCUUCCACCAAGCGAUACCAUUCGCCUGUACGACAUCAACCGGGGUGCGGCUGAAAAGCUCGCCCAGGAGAUGUCAGCACAGCAAGCCGGAGGAGCUUCCGCUCACGUGGCGGACAGUGCAGCCGAUGCGUCGAGAGAAGCGGACACGGUUGUAACAUGCUUGCCCGAACCUCAGCAUGUCAAGGCAACAUACGAGUCGAUCCUUAAGGAUGAGCUACCUCCCCGUCCUGGUCCUCGUCUGUUCAUUGACUGCUCGACCAUCGACCCCACGUCCUCGCGUGAGGUUGCGGCCGCGGUAGACAAGGCUCUCCCUAACGGACAGGGUCACUUUGUCGAUGCCCCCAUGUCAGGCGGUGUUGUCGGAGCUACCGCUGGUACAUUGACGUUUAUGCUUGGUGCCCCUGACUCCCUUGUCGCGAGGUCUGAAAUCGUCCUGCAGCGCAUGGGCAAGCGGGUGUUGCACUGCGGUCCUCAGGGAGCGGGUCUGGCGGCGAAGCUUGCCAACAACUACCUGCUAGCAAUUGAGAAUAUUGCUACUGCGGAGGCUAUGAACCUCGGUGCCCGAUGGGGCCUUGAUCCGAAGGUGCUCGCCAGCGUAAUAAAUGUCAGCACUGGAAAGUGCUGGCCUAGUGAAGUCAACAAUCCUGUGCCAGGCGUCGUAAAGACUGCCCCUGCGAAUCGCGACUACCAAGGCGGUUUUGGAAUAGGACUGAUGCGCAAGGACCUGAGGCUGGCCAUCCUGGCAGCCAAGGAAGCCGAAGCUAAGCUUGUGCUAGCAGACAAGGCCUCGGAGGUGUACGAGACUGCCGAGUCUGAAGAGCGAUGCAAGGGCAGAGACUUUUCGGUUGUCUAUCGGUGGUUGGGCGGAAAGGAGUAGAUACUAGGAAAUACUAAUACCGUCUGAUUCU